GGUCUCUCUCUCUGCCGGUCUCUGCAUCACCCUGUCCCGGUCUCCUCCUGUCCUUCACCGGUGAUCUUGUGCCGUGUCCUGAAUCAUGUCCCUCUUCAGUGAUGUCCCUCAGGCUGCUCCGGUGGCUGUCUUCAAGCUGACGGCUGAUUUCAGAGAAGACAGCGACCCAAAGAAGGUCAACCUGGGAGUAGGAGCUUACCGUACCGAUGACUGCCUGCCCUGGGUGCUGCCGGUGGUGAAGAAGGUGGAGCGGCUGAUUGUGGAGGACGGCAGCCUGAACCACGAGUACCUGCCCAUCCUCGGCCUGCCAGAGUUCCGCUCCGCCGCCUCCAAGGUCGCCCUGGGAGACGACAGCUCCGCCAUCAAGGACAACAGGGUGGGAGGCGUCCAGGCUCUGGGUGGGACGGGUGCGUUGAGGGUCGGCGCAGAGUUCCUGCGGCGUUGGUACAACGGCGUCAACAACACGGCCACGCCCGUCUACGUCUCAGCGCCCACCUGGGAGAACCACAACGGUGUGUUUGCUGAUGCUGGCUUCAAAGACAUCCGGCCCUACCACUACUGGGAUGCCGCUAAGAGGGGCCUGGACCUCGCCGGGCUCCUUGAUGACCUGGAGAAAGCUCCAGAACGCUCCAUCUUCGUCCUCCACGCCUGCGCACACAACCCCACCGGCACCGACCCGACCCAGGAGGAGUGGAAGAAGAUCGCCGAGAUCAUGAAGAGGAGGAACUUGUUUGUGUUCUUUGACUCGGCCUACCAGGGCUUCGCCUCUGGCUGUCUGGAUAAAGACGCCUGGGCCAUCCGCUACUUUGUCUCCGAGGGCUUUGAGCUGCUCAUAGCUCAGUCCUUCUCCAAAAACUUUGGCCUUUACAAUGAGAGAGUUGGCAACCUGACCGUGGUUGCCCAGGACAACGAGAACCUGACCCGCAUCCUGUCCCAGAUGGAGAAAAUUGUCAGGACGACUUGGUCCAACCCGCCGUCUCAGGGAGCACGCGUCGUCAGCAAGACCCUCAACUGCCCCGAGCUCUUCGCUGAAUGGAAGGGUAAUGUGAAGACCAUGGCCGACCGGGUCCUGUUGAUGAGGGAUCAGCUGAAGAGCAAGCUGCAGGGUCUGGGUACCCCGGGGACCUGGGACCACAUCACCCAGCAGAUCGGCAUGUUCAGCUUCACCGGCCUCAACCCCAAACAGGUGGAGUACAUGAUCAAAGAGAAGCACGUGUACCUGAUGGCCAGCGGCCGCAUCAACAUGUGCGGCCUGACCUCCAAGAACAUCGACCACGUCGCUCAGUCCAUCCACGAUACCGUCACCAAGGUCCAGUAAAGGCCGUAAAGCUCUGUCCGCCCACUUCCUGCCUCCCUGUGCUGUACGUCACAGGAAGUACCGUCAUGUCUGUGCCCUCGUACCCCUCUGCCUGCUCAUCCUCACCUCCUGAUUGGUUAAACUGCAGCAGGGAUUUUGCAGUUGAACCAAUGGGAGGGUGGGUGAUUCUCUGUUCUCACAUAAACCUUUUGGGAGGUGCAAUGAUUUUUUAGGAAGACACUUGAACGCACAAAGCCAGGUCUCGCUGUCAGCAGAGCGCCGUCAUACCCGGAUGUGUCGCAGUAAACAAUGUGUUUUUAGCCAGGUCUCUUCGGUUUUAAUUUCUUUGUGGUAUCCAAAUAAUUUCUGGUUACGAAAGAUCACUUGAAUUUUUGCUUCCUCAGUCAUUUCUAGCACUACAAGGGAUUAAAUAUGUAGUGUUGAACAAAGUGACAUCCAGGUGAUGUAAAUACGUGUAAUCACUGUUAGAGGUCUAUCUUAUUCCCUGCUGAAGCACUAACGCUUCUUUACUUUCCUUCAGCUCUGAGCGGGAAACAAAUCACUUUAAGGAAAAUCAUGACUAAUCAGAAGUUACAUGUUUCAAUAAUUAAUUAUAUUCAAUAAUGAAAUCAUUAUGCUGAAGUGUAAAGAAGGGCGUUAUGAAGGUCAACGGUUAUUGUCUGUCAUGUGACCGGGUUCACUUCCUGUACAGGUAAACGCAUGUGCCUGAUGUUGUAGGUUUUGUGCAGCUAUACGUAGAAGAUCAUAGUUGAAGGUCACAAAGCCACUUUUUUGCCAUCAGUGAACAAAAUCACGUGUCUUCUGUCUUCUGUGUUCUGUCUUCUGUGUUCUGUCUGUUAUCUUGUCUCCGCCCUGCAGUGCCCUUACUGUGUUACAGAACGCCUCUGUAGAGUCGGUUGUUGUGAUGACCUCAGAGCCUCAUGUAACCUCGCUCCCAUCGUGUGGUGAUGUUUGUAAUGGCACACUGUGUUCUACUGAAAUAAAUUAUAAACCACAAGAACCAAA